AUGGGCAAUGCUUGGGAAUGGACGGAGGACCAUUUCAAUCCGCUGGAGGGGUUCAAGGUGCACUACACCUACGAUGACUUCUCCACGCCCUGCUUCGAUGGCCGACAUCACAUCAUCAUGGGCGGAAGCUUCGUGAGCAAGUCAGACAAUGGAGCAUCGGGAUUCUGCCGCUACCAUUUCCGACCGCACUUCCUCCAGCAUUCUGGCUUCCGAUUG